GUGAAAUAAAAUUUUAUGUAAGUGUCUCUGGUUUCAAGGCAUUCCUUUCACACUCUUCUGAAACAAAACAAAAUGCUCUGAUAUCCAUUUCGCAACAAUAGUGGCUAAAGCCCUAACCGUGAAACUGUUUUAACCAAUCUUCGCAAUCGCCAAUCGCCAUGAGCCACGAUGUCGAUCAUCAUAUGACGGAGCUUUCAGGUUUAUCCCUACGCAUUUCCUCGGACAAUGACUCUCACUUCUACUACAACUUCGCCGAAUUCAAACGCCCAAUCGAAGAAAUCGCGAGGAAAAUGCACUCCAUGCUUAAUAAAAUUGGCUCCUCCGAGCAUAUUUGGGGCAGAGGUUGGACAAUUGAUAGGGGAAUCAAACAAUGUCCACAAUGCAGAACUAAAAUUGUUUUUGGAAGUGGAGCUUGGGCUGGAUUUACGACCCAUUGCACCUCCUCACAAGAAAAAGGAUGAUGUUUUAAUAUUCUUCAAGUUAUAUGAUCCAGAAACAGAGGAGCUACGGAUGUUGCUGCAUCAGCCAGAAAAGCUGACCAGGAAACAUGCUAAGGAUAUUGCAAUAGGAACAAUCCAAAUGAAAGGCAUGAAAGUAAUCAACAUGGAAGAUCCUUUAUAAGAAGGCUUUCACAUAGACUUCAAGGAACACUACGAGUAGGAAGAGUCAUUAAAGGAUAUUGUGUAUGAGUUGUAACUUGGAUUUUAGUAGUCAUUAUAGGAUAUCUAUGUCCAAUGUAAUUUGAAACCAUGUACAUAAUUAUUCAA